AUGACCAUCACCACAACAAUUAUCACCAUUACUAUCACCACUGCUACCACCACUGCUAUCACCACUGCUAUCACUACUGCUAUCAUUACUGCUAUCAUUACUGUUAUCACCACUGCUAUCACUACUGCUAUCAUUACUGCUAUCAUUACUGUUAUCACCACUGCUAUCACUACUGCUAUCAUUACUGUUAUCACCACUGCUAUCACUACUGCUAUCAUUACUGCUAUCACCGCUGCUAUCACCACUACUAUCACCACUCUGGCGUGGCAUUCGAGAGAGUUGAAAGAGUACUACAUCCUUCUUGAUGGCGCCUAG